AGUUUUUGCAAUUACUCAUUCAAAGCAUUGUUUUCUGUUUUUUGCAAUGGAUGUAGGUAUUUAGGCCUCAAUUUAGGUGUAACUGGUUAGUGCUAAAUUUCUACCGAAGAUUAUCGAGAAAUUACCCGUUAGGUGUAAGCUGGAAAGCCAUGGAUAAACUGUCUGUCUUUGGCAGGUUGCAAAAAUCGAUCGAUACACUAAAGAACACGGAAUGCAGCCAGCAGGAAAAGAUAGCCCACUUUUGCCAAAUCGCUGAUUUGCUGCUGUCGGUCAAAACGGAACCGACGAGUAACACCUUUCAGAAACACUUGAGUGCAGCCCUUGGAAUGUUACUGCGGUUCUGCGAGGACAACGAUUCCCGCGUACGGAUGAGUGCUGAGGAGAACCUGAAUCGAGUCGUACGGUUCUGCGAACGAAACGGGGCGAUUCCACGUGUCCAAGCUGAGCUGUACCGCGAGAUCAAGCGCAAUGGACACGAACGAUCGCUGCGAGUUUGCUUGGCCAUAUUUGGUUACUAUUGUGCAACUAUCAAGCAAAAAAAGUGCAAGAGCUACGCGCAAAAUUUACUGCCUUGUAUUUACGCGAUCUCCCUGCGUCGGGAACCACUGGUUUUGGAGAGUCUGGUACCGUUUAUAAAAAUUUUCGUUGAAACAUUGGAAAGUUUCCUAACCGAUGCAGAUGUUCUAAAAAUAACGGAGAUUUUUGUGGAAAAUUUGACUUCCGAUUGCACUAUAAAGCGGCGUUGCGCUGCUCAGAAUAUUGAUUCUUUUGUCGCCUGGUCUCGUAGUCCCGAAUUCUACGCCAAUAACGUUUUCAAUCGAUGUAUCGAAAUAUUGCUGAAGAAUCAGGAUCAAUAUGCCGUGUUGGGAGUCCUUACCUCCUUUCGGGGAAUACUACCGGUAGUGCUGAAAGGUUGCAGUGUAGAUAAGUCAGUUGAAAUCAUCGAUCUUGUGUUGCACUUUUUGAAAGAGGCAAGUCAUAAUGUGAUAAAUGCUGCUUUGGAAGUUCUUGUUGUUAUCAUUAACCAUGUUCGACCGGAGGUGCGAAAAGUGUUGCUUUCUCAAGAAUUGGAACAUCGCAAGAUGCUGCUCAAGCGCAAGACCCUAAAAAAUUCUGUGUUUAAAAUUAAUCUCAGUGAAAGUUUGUUAAGUUCUCGAAAAUCAAGCACUGAUGCUCGAAUGGAUAGUCUCCGACCACCGGAUCGAAGUGUUUCACUGUUUCAGACCAACUCUACGCCAACAAAAUUUGUCAGUGGCGAUGAUAAAUCGUUGACAUCCGCUUCCGAUCUUGAAAUGGACUCUUUUCGUAGUAUGGAACUGGCUGAUUCCAGUCCGGAAAGGGACUCCAAGCCCAGCACAGAUAAUUUGUCGCUUAAAAGUCAAAAGUCCACCGAUUCACUCGGAUCGUUUUUCAGCACCUUCCUCACAACCAGUUCGAAUGCCGGUGAAUCGAUGAGCAAAUUUUUUCGGAAUCCAUUCGACACAUCGGCGGAAGCACCGUUGCGAGCGGCGGCAGACGAAGAAGAGCACCUCUCGCUGGAAUCGAUUGCCAGCAGUCAGAUUUCGCUGCACAGCAGCAGCAACACGGAAACGAUUCGAAACGAGCUGGAUGUAACACCCGAGAUGGAUGAUUCGGUGGGCAGCGGUGAGGGUGUUGCGACCGUCGAGUCGACUUCACCGUCCGUCACGUUGGCCGUCGGCAAUAAUAGCUGUGAUGGGGAAACACGUGCAGAGGCGAUUUCUAGCGCCAUGAAGGAUUUCGACGAGGGGCCCUCGGCAGAAACGCUACCAGAGGGACGGGAACUUUUCAUCGGUUCGAUCCACGACCAGAAUCUGCUGGACUACGCAGUGCGGCUGAUUGCGUCGCGGUUUUUGCUGACGGGAACGCAGCACGGUCGCAUACCGGACCAGGAGGUGCGGGUUUCGGUAAAAGCCAUGGCUCUACAGACGGUGGCCCAGUGUGUCCAGCUGCGGCCGGAGUUGCUGCUGCUGAUGUUAGAGAAGGAUGAACCGAAGGAUGAGUUUGACCUUGUCAACCUGGAGGACGCUAUCAAUGAAAUCUCCAACCAGGCGAUACUGGAAGUAGAUGAAGCAACCCUAGCCGACGCGCUUGUGGAACCGGAAGCCGAAGGAUUGCUGGAGAUGAAAGAAGAUCAUUUUGGUGAAUGCACCAGUGCCAGCUAUUUUGAGUUCUUUUCGCCUAUGAGCAUCAGCGUUGGCCAGGGGCUAAGCUGCCUGAAGACUAAACUGAAGCUGGUAGAGGAGAACUUCAGUACGAUGGCUAACGAUAACCAGGAGAAGUUGAGUCGCGAGCUGGAUGCGAUUCUGUCUCAAUCGGACUGCAGUGGAGACACUGUGGCUAAGAGAAAUGAGCGCCGAAAAGAACUGCUGGUGGUUCCGAGGGUAGUGACCAGUAAGAGCGAAAGCGACUGUCAGAUGAUUGCCGAUGUGCUGCUGUUCUACGACCAUGCCGAUCAGAGUCUGCGCGAAAAGGUGCUGCUGCUGGUGGCAAACUUUCUGCAGGUGGUUUUGGAAGGUUUCGGCAGUGUGGAAAAUUUCCUAGCCAGUCGGGGUAAAAAGACGGCUUUAAAGGAUUUCCUGCGACAAGAGACGCUGGUACAGGUGAUUGUGCAGGGUCUUUCGGACGAAAUUCACACGGUGGUCAAUCAAGCUUUGAUGGCGUUCGAGCAAAUUUUUGCUGUUUACUGUAGGAAUCAAUCUCCCGCAUGCACACGACGGGGUAUACUAACGAACGAUUUCAGCUUUAGAGAUCAGUUAGCGACGAAACCAAAUUUGUUCUUGAAUGAUAGCCAACCAUUGGAACUAGAUCCUCGACUGCUAAUGGACAAAUUUCUGCUAACCUUCUGCAAUCGAUACUGGUUAGUGCAGUCGAAGGUUUGUGACGUGACUGCUGGGAUCGACUUCCAUAUGCUACAGGACGUUCUAGGUGCGGAUGUAGCGAAGACCGUGCACACCCGGUGUCGGGAACAGUUGAUCUUACUUCUGAACGACGGUGAUCCCAGAGUGCGCAAUCAUGCCGGUGAAAUGUUGAUUCAGUAUUUGGAGAACGUUUACCAGCGAGAGUUACCUACCGGAGUCGACAGCAUACAGGAGAGUACGAUUAAAGACUUUGUCGUGAAGCAUGUUUUAGCGGUCUUUGCCGAACCAAUCGAUAGACGAAGACUGGCAACUCUAAGUGAUGUGAAGCUUUUCAAUACGAAAGCAGAACCUGUAUUUUAUUUUCUAAGUAAUCAACUGCUGAAUAUUAAGGAACGCAAUCAACUGUUCGGGGUCAUCAGCUUCCUAAGAAUGCUCAUCGAUAAAUACAACCCGCUUGAUUUUGGAGAAGUGUGGAACGAGUAUAACUUUUUGAAUGUUCUUCUAAGUUUGACGAGCGAACACACGGGAACGGCUCUGGAUUUAACCGCUCAAGCCGAUCUACUGGAGAUUUGCUCCAACCUUAUGAUUGUUACGAUAUCUUCACGAAGUGCAACUAGUGCGGGCGACAACGAAAUGAUGGACAAAUUUAUCUUCCAUCUGCUGAAAUUGAUGAACAUCUACCAGCAUCUGCUCACCAAUCAGCGGCCGGUCAUUAUUUCCCGUGCACAGAAGGGUGAUCUCUUUAUGAAUGCCAAGGAACUGCAGCUGAUCAACUGUUUCGGAUACUUUGGCAACGAUCAUUUCUAUCUUAAACUGUACAACGUGCUACGGAAUUCAUUCGAAAGUUAUAAGAUUACCGUAUCCGUCGAAGUUGGUCGUAAGUUGUUCGGAUUGUUGCGCUCAACCAUUUCCAGUCUUUGGCGUUUGCUGGAGGUAAAGAAUAUUUCCUCCAUGACCAAUGGUUUCAAGUUCAUCGAGGAAGUACUCCGUUACUUGGUGGUUUUUCUGCCGUAUGAACCGGAGGCGUGUGUGCAAUGUACGCGCUACCUGUUGCGAUUUUUAUUUGGCGGAAAUUAUAUUAAUCGAGUUCAAGAGCUAGCGUACUUCCACAAAGCUAGUGAAGUGCUAAGCUUAACGAACGCGGAGGAGUGCCGUAUUUUUCUAGAUCGGUAUUACGAUUUUUGCAAGCUCAAAGCCACAACUGCGGUUGCCGAUCUGGGUAAUUACAUAAAACAGUUCGAACAGGUCGUAAUCGCAUGUUUACAGCUGUUCUCUAGGACAACGACCCGUGUUCAGACGGCAAUUUUGGAAAUGCUUUGCCAGCUGCUGGAUUUUAGUAUCAACUAUCAACUGCUGGACUCGAGUAACGCGUUUGUGGGCUGUGUUUUGAAGCACGUGGAGUUGCUGGAAACGGGAACGAUUCGAAACUCGGAGCAGUUGAUUGGAAAGAUCGUGAAAUUUCUGUUUCUCUUGUCACAUUCGAAAGAUCGAGCGAAGAUCGUGACCAUUCCAAAGAUUAUUAACAUCUGUGAUAACUUGCUGGCCAAUGGGCCGAUUCGGAGUGUGGCCAUCGCUUCACUACAGGCUUUGGCUUUGGAAAUUUUCUUUCUGAACCGACUGCCGGUGUCGGAUCAGGCGAACGAAGUUCUAUUAGCGGAAGUGGCCACCCAGAAGGAGGUAGUUCUGAAUAUGAUGAUGAAAUUUCCGGAAGAGGUGCGAAGCUACGAGCUCGUGCCGAUGGUGCUGCUCGUAGAGAGGUACUUGCAGCCGGAAAAGUAUCAAGCGGAAGUGCUGAAUGCUGUAGUCGGAGUUUUGCAGGAAAGAAAACUGCUGGUGGGAUGCGACCGAGAGUGGUUAAUUAUCGGGCGAACAUUGGAGGCCUUGAGUCAGCGCUUAGUGCUGGAAGGUGAUGAUUUGAGCAAGUUUUUGGCGAUCCUGUUUGAGACAGCAAAACACAAAGAUUCGCUUUGCGAGCAGAUGGUGAUCUACUGGCAGCUCGUUUUGGAAAAGAUUAUGCUUAAAGUGGAGGAAAGAUUCCUGCUAAAAAGCAUAAAAAUGUUUACGAGCAAACAAUCUUCUGCGGAAGAGGUGGAUACUUCGGAAGGGAAUACUUUCGGUAAAUUAUUGAAUGACAUUUUGCUGAAAUCGCUGAAUUACGAGGUUCAAAAACAAGAUAAAUUUCAAAGAAAGUGUUUAAGGCGAUUAGUUCGAACCGUAGGUGAAUUUCGAGCGUUUCCUAUAAUCAAUAAGUGCCUAGUAGAUAAUAUCCAUCUAGAUCACUUGAAUCUCGGAAAGCAGCACGCUCGAAUUAGAUCAGCCCUGCUACAGUUUCUAGUCGAUAUCGGUUUUGAUUCAAAGCAAUUGCUUUGUGCCAUGGACGAAAAAGGUGACAUCGUCGAAAGAAAGGAAUUCUUCGCAGAACUUAUCGCAUUAUUGCUAAAGCACAAGAACACCAAAGCACACUGGUCUUCAGAAGAGAUCCUCUACCUAAUCGAACAUCACAGUACAAUUCUUUUGGAUUGCCACGAGAAAUUCUUGUUCAACUAUGUGGCUAUGCCGGAGUAUUCUUCAACUAUCGUAUCGAAAGCGGUGACUGUUUUGAACGACUCACAUCCUUCCUUCAAGCUCCUCAACCUGUUGGAGAAGUCUCACCUCGACAGUCUACCCCAGUAUAUGGACAGUUUAACGAAACUGCUGGAGCACACCAACGUUGCGAUUGCUCGUAAAGCUGCUCUAGUUCUAGAGAUAAAAUUAGAAGUCUUGCAGAAAGUAGAGCCCUUGCCAAGCGAGCUUUUGAAGUCGGUUCUUCCGGAGGAGAAAUUCAAAUCACUCAUGUUUUCCUUAACCGUGGAACGUCGCAAGAAGUUUCCCAAAUUGUUCAAAUCCGCACUAUUGUUAGUGCGCUUCUAUAAGCACGUCAAUCCGCCACAGGACUUAGUUCCGCGGAUCGAUAUAGAGCUGCUGAGGCAACAAACUACGGAUGACACGUGGUUCACGGAGCAGAUUACCUAUCAUUGCAUGACCGGAUCGUAUACUAAGGCGAAAAAUGUUUCCCGAAUGCUGUCCGAAGUUAGCGUCGAGAGCAAGCUGAUCAACCUGCUGUCUGGCAGCAGUUUUAAUCCGCGUUUGUUGCGAGAAGUGAUCGAUACUGCUUUCGAGAAUAUGUUUCACGCUUUUCGGACGGAUUGCGUGCAGUUUAAUCCACAUUUGAACUAUCUGAAGGUCCAUCCGAUGCUGAAGGUCGCCUUGAUCGUGCUGAUGAGGAAGCUGGACGAAAUCAGUACGGCUCCCGAGGAUGAACUAGACGAAACGAUGGUUUUGCACUACGUUAAAGCGGUUAUUCGGUUUUUGGUCAACCUCAAUCGGCUCGAUCAUGUUGGUUUGUUAUAUAUCGAGGCACGAUUGAUCGAUAGAUUCGUUAAAGAACAUUUGCUGAAGUCGAACUUUUUCGAGACGUUACUGGUUUUUGCUAGGAUCAUCGGAAAGCUGAUACAAUCCAAGAUAAAAAUUUUCGGUUUGAAAGAUUCUACCAAUUUAGAGCUGUUCCUAAGUUGUCUUGAUUUGGUUCUGCGGCAGAAGUAUCUUUGGAUCGAGCUGAACCAAAACGAUAGGCUUCGCGAAGAUCAGGAACUGUACGUUCGAGUGAUAUUCGAUGUUUUGAAAGUUCACUUGCGCGAUAGCAUGCUGCUGCACCGCUAUCAGCCGCCGGAAGUUUUUAGUCGUCAUUUCCCGGAACAGUUCGAUCAGAUGGAAGUUUACUCGAUGGUGGUUUUGAUCGGUCAACUGAUUUCGGACUCACUGGAUGUCCUACAGCGGACGCAACUGAUGCGUCCGUUGGUAUCGUUGGCUGUUUCGGUCUUGAAAACCGAUCGUUUCUAUCCGGUCGCAAUGACUCCCAAGGAGGUGUUCAACUGCUACAACAUGGACGUUGAUGUGGACCCGCUUCGGUUGCCCUCGGUGCCGAUCGACUAUCUGUACGAGCUGGAUAUACUGGAAGCGUACCUGAAGAGGGUUAACAUUUUCGGCUACUCGUCACGGCAGCAGUUUGAGGAACUGUUCAUGUCCCUGUUGGUGCUGAUCAAUAAGGAAGGCGAUCCGGAUAUGAUAAGUUACCAGGAACAGUACGAGAUCAAGAAGAUGUGCCUGAAAGCAAUUAGCGAGCUUUUGGUUAGCUGUUAUCGAUAUCCUCGGAUAGGAUUCAGCGAUGGAAAAUACUACCACGUUCCACGGAACUCUGCUGUGAAAUGCACCACAGUUGGCUUAAAGAAAUUGCACAGCGUCCAAUUGCUGAUUCCGUUAAAUAACGUUUUCUACCAACCCAAUCUGGAACGCAGUCUGGCGGUUAAAGCCGACGACGAUCUGUGCUGUUUUGGGGACAAUUCGGUUGGAAGUCAGACUUUUGGAAUGAAUCAGUUCUCGAUUCGGUAUUCCUGGCACAACAUGGAGGGCGUUUUGAACGAAUCCUUGGUGGCCAAGAACCUACACUAUUUCAUCGAAAAAGCCAAUCUGGAUGUGAAGAGUUCCGUUCAGCUGAUUUAUGAUAUUUUCGGCCAGCUGUUGGAGGAGAGCUUUGCUUUGGUUCUUCCCCAUUUAGUGCAGUUUUGCGAGAUAUGCGAAAAUCGUGAUCAAAUUCGACAGCUGAAUGAUUUGAUGUUCGGAUUGCACGAGCGGGUCGCUAUGGAUGACGCUUUAUCCCAUCAGUAUAUCAUUUAUUUGCUGUGUAAGAUAUCUGCUUUGUUGGUUCCGACUCUGGCCGAAGUUGCUAAGCUUUGCGGGAUCAUUCCAACCUACCUGAAAAGCACUCAACUGUAUAUUAGAAAUGCCACAUUGCAUGGCCUAAUGGCUUUACUGGAAUGCUUGGUAACUUCCAAUACGACCAUUGGAGGACUCAGUGAGGAGCUUCAGUUGACGAGAAAUAUCGUUGUGAAUUAUAUCGUCAAGCAUGGAAUCGUUGAUGAGAGAUCGACAGUCUACAGUGACACUCACACCAAGCUCGUGUGGACCUUAAACUUUUACCUAAUCGAAAACACGUCACGAUUCGUCAGCGAUUGCAACCUACUCUCGAAUAGCAUCAUAUCGGCUAACAACGUUCUCAAGCGAACGACAAAUUUGGAGACUUACCUGUGCAUUUUGAAUGGCCUCGAGCGGCUGGUGCUGGCCAACAUCCCAAUCCGACCGUUGCUGGAGAAGAUCGAAAAGCUCGCUCUCGAUCUCGUAAAACAGGACAACGAAAUGUUUUCGCUGGCCGCACUGCAACUGCUGCUGUCCUGCAUCUAUCACAGCACGGCCGAACAGCUGGCGAACACCGAGCGCUGCAACGGGAUCGUACAGAACGAGCCGGAAGUCAUCAUUCAGCACAACGAGAAAAUCGAAAUACUGUUUGCCAAAAUCCGCACAACCACUCCGACCGGUGCCAAAAUCUUCGGCGACGUGCUGUGCCAGUUGAUUCGGGACCUGUUGCCACCGCACGAGCUGCUGACCAAGGUUUUCAAGGAACUCAUACUGAACCAGCCGAACCCGGACGUUAUAGCGACCGUAACACAUCAGGUGUUCCGAUCGGCUAUCGAUAGUUCGCACCUUCCACUGAUUCAGGAGUGGUUGCUUUGCUCCCUGCCGAAUUUCCUCUCGCUGUCGCAAAUUAACAAAUCCAUCUGGUGCCUAACGGUGGUUUUUCUAUCCGUUUCCCUCAACCAGCACCUGUUAAAGCUAUUCCCGGAAGUUCUUUCGUUGCCUUCCUAUCAGCAGCUGAACGAACGGGAGAUAGCCAAUUUUAUCCUUUCGGCCAAAGACUUCUACCGUCAGCUGGAGGUAAAGCAAAAAGCUAGAUUCAGGCAAAUUUUCCAAACGAACGAUUGCUUCAUCUAUCAGAGUCUGCUGCGUUGCCUAUGAGGUAUCUCAGCGCCGUUUGACCGAGUAAGUAUUUAUUAUUGUUUGUUUAAUUUUUAUUGAUGAAGUUUAUUAUGUAAUGCAAAUGUUUAGAAAAUAU